CUGGCGGCAUCAGUGCUCCCUCAGGUCAUAUGUUCCUUUUUAAGGAAUCUUUUUUUGUCAAAGAUUUUAACACCUCUGAAGACUUUUGGGCAGCAGAAAGACACAUGGAGGGGCUCAGCUAUACAAGAACUUCUCACAGGACCAAGGCUCUGUUAUAAAAUGAGUGAAGAGAUUUUUAUUUCUAAGACAUCCUUGGAGCUGAUGACAGAGUAAUGGGGAAAACAGGAGUAUAGACAUCUUCUUUGAAACUUUUAAUAUGAAUGAUGGAAGAGUCAAGCACUGCUUUUACCUCCGAAUAUAAUGAGAGCACCUCAGCAUGGGCACCCAUGCCCUCUGCUCCCAGCAGGCAGCUGGGCACACCUCCCAACCCGCAGACUCGAUUCAGAGACCUGACAGGACUGCUUUUCAUGGUGACCCUGAAUGUUCUCGCACUUUUGGCCAACACUGCAGUGAUGGUAGUUGUUAUCAAAGUCCCUCAUCUCAGGAAAUUUGCCUUUGUGUGCCACCUCUGUGCAGUGGACCUGCUGUGCGCCAUCUUGCUCAUGCCUCUCGGCAUCGUGUCCAGCUCGCCGUACUUUGCUGAGGUUGUGUUUAAUGUGCUGGAGUGCCAGAUCUAUGUCUUCCUCAAUGUAAUCCUCAUAGCUGCCUCUAUCUUCACCAUCACAGCCAUCAGUGUGGAAAGGUAUUACUAUAUUGUCCACCCCAUGCGCUAUGAGGUCAAGAUGACCCGGAAGCUGACCUUGGCUGUUGUGGUGAUGGUGUGGGUGGCUUCGGCCAUCCUGGGCUUUUCCACCGUUUUCGGAUGGCCGUCUUAUGGUCAGAAGUCCAUCAGUGCUGCACACUGCUCACUUCACUGGAGCCACAAGGACCACAGGCGUAUUUUCUCUGCUCUCUUCAGCGUCACCUGUUUCUGUCUGCCAGCUGUGGUGAUCUUUGCUGUCUACUGCAAUGUGUACAAGGUGGCCCGAGUGGCAGCACAGCAGCAUGGGCCUCUACCCUCAUGGACGAACACUCAGGUCAAGCAUCGCUUAGACUCCAUAAACAGUCAGACGACCAUCAUCACAACUCACCACGCCCCUUGUUAUCCUUGCAGGAUAACAAGAGAUCUGCCUUUUAUUGGCAGUAAAGCUGCUCUAACCCUCAUGAUUAUUGUUGGUCAGUUUCUAAUCUGCUGGCUGCCUUACUUUGCCUUCCACCUCCAUCUGAUACUGAACUCAAAACCUCACACUCCUAAUGACUUGGAGGUAGUGGUGACCUGGUUGGCGUAUUCUUCCUUUGCUAUGAAUCCUUUCUUCUAUGGACUUCUAAACAGACAGAUCCGUGAGGAGCUGUGUAAGUUGAAGCGCUGCUACUCAGCAUACCCAACAGACCCGGCCUUUUCCAGCCACGAGGGCUCAGGCCAUGAAAACUUCCUGCAGUUCCUCCAUAGGACCAGUUGCACGAUAGAGACACGUGCAAGCUUUGCAAUGCCCAGCCCCAGAACCACUCUGGAUCAAACUGGGCAGACUGGUUUCAGGAUUCCAGGUCAGAUUCCAGAAGAGUUGAACUAGAUGUACCUCACAGCUUUGACAUGAUGUUAAUAACCUGCUGGAUUAUAGAAGUCAUAUAGGACAGCAUGAUUUAAUUACUACCAGCAAAGCUUCACACAAAAACAUGAAAAACAAAAUUUAUUAUGUCUUUUAAAACUUGAUACUGUAUUCUUUGAUCUGUAAAAGCUCUGAAAUUAUCGUAAAGUAAUUUAUGCUUUUCCUAAUAAACUCUACUUUUAUAAACUAUUUAUAAGCCACAACUUAGUAGUUCUAGUUUCAAAAAGAGGGGGUACUGUGUAUAUAAUAUUAUUAGUUAAGAAGUUUGAAUCAGUCAACAGGUUUACAUACAAAUCAUAGAUCUUGUAGAUUGGAUUCAGGAUCUGCUUAUUAAAAGUGGAUAGCUCUUCCUUUUGUAAAAAUAUUUUUACAGCCUAAAGUGAACAUAUUAUUUUAUAGUUUCAUUUAAAUACAAGCAAUAUUCUGCAAGUCAUUACUUGAUCAUUUGUAUUUGUUUCAAAAAAUGUAAAAAAAAAUGAGUAUGUUUAAGCAUUUUUCUUUUCCGAAUUUAAUGAUUAUAGUAAAGCUGUGAACUUUUACAUAAUCAUAUGAAUCUGUUUUUGUUUAGACGGUUUUUCUAAAAACAGUUUAUUAUUCACUUUAGUACAUUUCUCUUUAGCUUAUAGUCAGAAUUUAGACAGUUUUAAUUUUUAAUAUAUAUAUUUUUUUACAUUGCGGCAAUAAACGGUCCUAUAUAAUCUCUUUUAGUGAACAUGUUAAUAUAGUGCACGACAGUAAAAAGUGAAUUUGGAUGGUAGCAUAUUCAUUUGUAAGAAUGAUCCAGUCAAAUUCCAGACCAAAAUUCAAUUGAGGACAUAUGUAUGGCAGAAGUUAAAAAUUGCUAUAUUCAGGCACUUACAUCUAAUUUUAUUGAUCUUGAGUUAUUUCGAAGAGAACCUGGUAAAAACAUACCCAAGCAGACUUGUAGCUGUAAUUUCAAUAAAAGGUGGUUGUUCCAAGUAUUUACCUUGAAUAAAAAUCCUCAACACACUUUUCAGAUUUUUAUCUGUAAGAGAUUCUUAUGCCAUGUUAUCUUUUCCAUCUACUUUACAGUUAUGUACUAAUUCAUGUUGGUCUAUCCUGUUAAAACAUAAUAAAAAUGAUCA